AGAAUAAUUUUAGAUUUCAUUAGGGUUUGAUUUGAAAUGACUUAUAUGAAACCCUUGGUCUUACUGUUAAUACUAAUGCUAGCAGCAAAAGCUGCUAUUGAGAUUACUGGUGAUAGCCAACAAUGAGGUGCCUGUAUUGGAGAUGGGAAGAAGGUGUGAACACCUAAUAAGAAUGGAGACGAUAUCUAUUGAUGUGAUAUGGAUGAGAGUUCAACUGAAUGAGGAAGUGGCACAAUGGGAUUCUGUAGCAAUGACUUGAAAAAGGCUGGAAAGCAUGCAGAGUAUCUUUUAUGCCCAAAUGAUGAAAAUGAAUGUGGCUCCGGGUUUUAUUAUGUCUUUGGAGGACCUAGGACAAAUAUUCAGACAACCUCAGUCCCAGCAAAUCAGGCUUGCGUUAUAGGAACUAUGAGCAGAGCUCAAGGAGAUGAGAAGUUUUACAAACUUGUAGAAUCUGAAAUGAAAGAUGUCGAAGUAUCCAUGUUUUAUGGCGCUGUGGAUCAAUAUACUAGAGCUGGAGACUUAAAGUCAACUUACAAGACUUCUCAUACGUUCACAGAUUUGCCUGGACAAUUUAUCAAAGUUGAACCAAUGCAAAUGUUAACAUUUGUAGCAGUUCCUAAAAAGAAAGAUACAGUAGGAGGAUUCAAAGUUGGGAUCUUUCUUGUUGAAGAAGAUAAAUCAGGCAGUGGUGGAUUAGGUGGAGGAGCCAUAUUUGGGAUAAUUGUCGCAGUUCUUGUUGGAGUCGGUGCCAUAGGAGGUGGCAUAUUCUACUUCAUUCGCAGAAAGAGAGCAUCAGACUCCUACACAGCUGUUGGCUAAAUUUAAAAUAUCAAAAUUUUAUUGACUAUUUUUGCCAAACUCUAUAUCAU